AUUCCCGGAAGAACCAAACCCUCUCUGUCUUUCUCUCUCAUUGCUUUUGACUCACGUUAAGUCAAGCCCUCUCUCUCUCUCUCGGUGCUAUCUAUCUUUUUCUUCUGGGCACAUCAAACCACGAAGGGUGGCUUCGUAAUCGAGAAGUGGCCUUGGAUGGUUUGAUAGAGUCACAGCAUACCCGGUAGCAUCGGAGAGAAGAAUAUAGAGUGCACCCCUCAGUAUUAUAAAACUGAAGUUGUGAUCGUGCUAGUGAGAGAUUACGAGUGAAAAUGAAGUCUACUUGUAGGGACGUUUUGUUGUUUGCACUGCUCUGCGUGGUUCUUUUUGGGUAUGCUACUGCUGAGUCUGGAGAAGAGGUUACGCAGAAGAUAAUAUCUGCUCCGCACAAGAAUGUGAGAACUAAUGUUAUUGAUGGCUCUGGUAGCGAGGAUACUUUAAGGUUUGAGGAUAUAAAUGAUGGGGUGGGUGAAGCAAAGAGCGGGAACAACAAAGUAUCAAUCUCCACCGUUGCAUUAUUUACGCUGGCAAUGGCUGCUGCCACUGGUUUAGGUGCACUGCCAUUCUUCUUUGUGGAGCUUGAUCCGCAAUGGGCUGGUCUGUGCAACGGAAUGGCUGCUGGUGUCAUGUUGGCUGCAAGCUUUGAUCUUAUACAGGAAGGGCAAGGUCAUGGAGCAGGCAACUGGGUGGUCUUUGGGAUAUUAGCUGGGGGAGUUUUUAUCUUGCUUUGCAAGAAGUUUCUCGAACAAUACGGAGAAGUUAGUAUGUUGGAUAUUAAAGGUGCAGAUGCAACUAAAGUAGUUCUUGUGAUUGGAAUAAUGACUCUUCAUUCAUUUGGGGAAGGCUCUGGUGUUGGGGUUUCCUUUGCUGGUUCAAAAGGUUUCUCUCAGGGCCUUUUGGUAACUUUGGCUAUUGCUGUCCACAACAUACCAGAAGGGCUAGCUGUAAGUAUGGUGCUCGCAUCAAGGGGUGUUUCUCCACAGAAUGCCAUGUUGUGGAGUGUAAUUACUUCAUUACCACAGCCCCUUGUAGCAGUUCCUUCAUUCAUGUGUGCUGAUGCGUUUAGCAAGUUCCUUCCUUUCUGUACGGGCUUCGCCGCUGGAUGUAUGAUCUGGAUGGUUGUUGCAGAGGUGCUUCCUGAUGCAUUUAAGGAAGCAUCUCCAUCACAAGUUGCAUCUGCAGCUACUCUCUCUGUUGCAUUCAUGGAAGCACUUAGCACUGUUUUUCAGAGUUUCAGCCAUGACUACAACUCAGAGGAUGCCUCUGGCUUCUUUGUUUCAUUGCUAUUUGGUCUUGGGCCAUUGCUUGGUGGUAUGGUCCUUGUUGCAUUCGCACUUUCUUUCCAUUUCCAGCAUGCUCUUCUCAUGGGUGCAGCAUCUGGCAUUGCCUUUGUCCUUGGUGCCUGGCGACCAUCGCAGCUACUUUUCUCUUCAAAGAUGGGAUUUCUUCCGCUGAUGUUGUUGCUUGCCUUGGGAGCUGCAUCUGUCCAUACUUUGAGUUCUAGUAUUUUGAAGCUUGCAGGCCGCAAAAAGACUUCUCUUCAUAAUUUGCCAACAGUAACUGGUUUUCCAGUGAGUGUUCACACCCUCCAGUCGUUCUUGGCAUGUGGAGCAGUUGCUCUUCAUGCUUUGGCUGAAGGGCUUGCACUAGGGGUUGCUGCUCCAAAAGCGUAUGGACUUGGUCGGCACAUGGUUCUUCCUGUCUCCCUCCACGGACUCCCUCGGGGUGCAGCUGUGGCUAGCUGCAUCUUCGGGGCUACAGAUAACUGGCAGGGGUCCCUUGCCGCAGCUGCUCUAAUUGGAUUCAUGGGUCCAAUAUCUGCAAUUGGAGCAAUACUGGCAGGAAUUGACUAUAGCGGUCUAGACCAUGUCAUGGUGUUUGCUUGUGGGGGACUGCUCCCAAGUUUUGGAAUGGUAGUAAGGAGAGCUGGGAGGUUGGAUAUGCGAAAAAGCAGUUGUGGACUAGUGAUAGGUGUGGUUCUUGCAACUUUGUGUUUGACUUGCACCAAGUUGGUUUGCUUGCACACACCUUAUUGCAAUUCUGCACCAGAGGCCGUCAGAUAGUGUUGCUAGUGCUGCAGCUCAACCGUGUAAUUGCUUAGAUUGCACUUGUGCUCGCGUAACCAUGCCCUGAAAAGAUUUGUAAAGAUAUUGCCUUAACGUACGUGUUGGGAGUAAUUGACAUGAAGGACUCAUAACGAGUGUUGGGAGUGGUUGACAUGGAGGAUUCAUCAGGAGCAUACAUCACCUUUUGCGUAGAAUAGAGAACGGAGCUUGGCUGUCAGAUUGUUGUAAAACAAUAGAAAAUAAUGUUAUAUAUUAUGAGAGAUGAGGAAUUGAGUUUGUAUC